UUUUCAUUUAUUCUUUUUAUUUUUAUUUAUUUAAUUUUUAAUUUUUUCCCCAAAAGUAAAAUUCGUUUCUUCUUGGUUCACACCGAACUGUAGAUGCUUUUGUCGGAAGAUUCUCUCCGGUUUCAAUCGUCUUCUCCAGCACUCAGAAGUCUCCGUUUCUGGUUCUAGGGUUUCCCCGAUCGUCUGAAAUUUUUAUUCAGUAAAAUUGACUUUGCAUUGUCCAUCUUAAUUAUCACUUGAGACUUUAGAAUCUGAGAGCAUGGCCGUAUAGAGUUCUUGUCAUGUAAUUCACAUUCUGAUGGAGUCAAGGGUCAUCUUGCAAUCUGAGGCACACCUAAAUUCGGACAAUACUGCAUUUCAAGAUAGUGAACAUGGUGUAGCCCCUUCUGCACCAAUUCACCUUGUGCCCCAGCAGCCUGUAAAAAAGCAAACUCGGCAAUGGGCUGCGUGGACUCGUCAAGAGGAGGAAAAUUUCUUUACUGCAUUACGACAAGUUGGCAAGAAUUUUGAAAAGAUAACUUGUCGCGUCCAAAGUAAAAACAAGGACCAGGUCAGACAUUAUUACUAUCGUCUUGUGAGACGAAUGAACAAGCUUCUUGGCCCAGGAUUGUAUCUUGAUGCGAAAAACUCUAAAGAUACUAAUGCUGCAAUGCUUCGUUGGUGGUCUUUAUUGGAAAAGUAUAGCUGCAAAGCAUCAAAACUUCACUUGAAACCUCGAAGGUUUAAGAUAUUCAUAGAAGCCUUGGAGCACCAACUGUUAAAGGACCGAAAGAAGAGCGUUAGAAAACGGCCUACUCAUGGGGAUUAUUGCCCUCCUACUCCUAACACAGUUACAAAUCAGGGUAGAACUUCAGGCCAUGAUAAUCGUACUGUUAAAUUGGUUCUUGUCGACAGUCAAAACAUUCAGAAAGUAGGAUCUGGAAAAGCACCGUUGAAGCGCAAUGUAAACUUAAGCAUUAACCGUAGCAAUAAUAAAGGAGACUCAACUACCAUGAAACCUGCAAGGCAACAACGACGGAAACCAGGUGUUGUAUCAUCUGCAGCAUAUAAAAAAUGGGAAAAGGCAGCUAUUGCUGGAGUCUCUUUGGUUGCUGAUGCGGCUGAGCACUUGGAACGGACAUCAACUGACAAAGAGCUUGAGCAAAACCAAAGUACCUCAGGCCAAAAAAAGAGUUCUGACCCUGCUGGACAAGUUUUGUUCUCUUUGCCUAAUUUUCCUCAAAAUCCUUUUGCUGAGAGCAAUAUAAACUCUUCAAUGAAGCUUAAGCUCCAGUUAUUUCCAAUUGAUGAUGGUACUAGAAGAGCCUUGGAAAUGGAUAAACAUAAUCCCCACCUUGAGCUCACUCUUAGUAAUCGAAAAAGAAUAUCAUCAGUUUUGGAACAUCUAAAUCGUAAAUGGGGCAGUUCUAAGGUUGCCUCUGGAGAGCUAGUGCUUUUCCCUUACAGUGUUCAAAAAGAAAAUAUAGUUGGUCAUCAGAGCUGGACUCAAGACUCGGUUGCCAGCGCAGCUGAUGUAUAUGCUAUGAUUGGAAGUCCACAAGUUUUUCGAUUAAGGUAUGGUUGGAUUCCCACUGCCGAACAUGGGUUUGCCACAUUGCAAGAGAAAGCAACUUUGCCAUCUUGCUCCAUUUCAGGAGAGCCUAAUGUAAUUAUUGAAAAGAGGGACCAGGAUAUGCGGAGUUCAACACCCAUGUCCGUCCCAUCAACUGCUCAUCAAUCCAUGGAUCUUCAUGAGGAUAAUCUAGCCUCGGUGAACAAAAACCAUGCUUCUGCUUUGAUUUCAACUAAUGUGCUGCUGAAUGAGAGAAGGUAUAGUUCUGCAGGUCCAAGUGAUAACCUUCUGGACUCCUCUGAUCCUACUGCAAAUAAAUUCUGGCAUGGAAAGGGUGCUGGUGGUGAGACUAGCAUGAGGCAAUUGGGAGAUACGGAUGACAUAAGGUUAAGCAAUGGAAGUGGUCUUUCUCCUGGUGAGUGGGCUGAUAGCCUCACCAACAUAAGUGUUGGAGAUCUACUUUCAGGAGUGUCUCAAGAUAUGAAAGCUAACUGCAUUGAUCCUCCAGUUGCUGAAAGCGCUCACUGCCUUCAGCAGAUGCCAUUCAGCUGUGACUCAUUUGAUGCUGCUAUUGCUGCUCAUAUUUCUAGGCAGCAGGACAAAAUGGGUUGUCAGCCUACUUUGGUGUCUUCGAUUUGGGAUGCUGAAGAAACUUGUGACGGCUUCUUAUUUCAAAAAAACCAUGUCCAUUGUCAGGAGGCUGAAAGUCUAUCUGGUGUUGCUACUCCAAAUGCUCGCAAACAAACUACCGGGACAAACUUGAUGGAAUCUAUCCAUUUGGAUGAGGAGUUAUCUGAGGUGGAGGGACCAACUGAUGAUUCUGCUCAAGGAGAUCCUAUGGAUGACCGUGGGCCUGAUUCGCAACUCUUAGAGAAUCCAGCUAAAGAUUUCAGCGAGCUUGCAGAUAUAUAUUGGCCCGAGUCCCUAGGACCAUUAGAUUUGGAUAUACCAUCUUCCAAGUACCACUCCGAAGAUCUUAUUCUAAGCGAUAGCCUUAGCGGAUUGAACCGUCUGAUAGCCAGCAGUUUAGAUGCAUUUCAAAAUUGUUCAUUUUUUGGGUUGGACAAGAAAGAAUCAGCGUCAACAGUGGAGGCUCGAGAAUCCAUCUCCUUUUCAGAUUUUAAAAUUGGCAGUGGUCUUUGAGAAUCUUCAAAUGGGAUAUAACCAAAGAUGAUAUCUCAUAGAUUCGAGGUUUAGCAUUGAAGUAUAGCAAGCAUAUAAUGAUCUUCUAAGUUCAGCUGACUUCAUGGUUGCAUGCGAAAGGAACUGUUGUGAGCAGAAUAGAUAAUGGCGUUUGUGUUGACUGUUUCUCUGAUUGAAAAUGUCCUCCACCUGUAGAAAUUAUAGACAGGAAGAAAAUCUAACAGUUUGUUCCGACGUUUUGCAUCUUCUUUCCAAUAGUUUCAUGUAAAUUGUGAUCCAAAGCUGAUGUGAGGAGCUAUGCAACUUUAACAGACCAAAAGGACUUUGUUAUAGGUGCGGGGCAUAUCCUUUGGUCUCUAAUGUUGAUUUCUUGUACAUUCUUGUUGUCAUACUUUAUCUUUCUUCUUUGCAGUUCUCCAAUCUUUCAUUCAGGGGUCUCAUUAAUGAAAUUGGCUCCUAAUUAUGACAAAUGUUGUGAAGGGCCUUCGCAAA